AUGCGUUGCUUUAAACCUCCGGCCCUGGCUAUGAUUGCCAUGUUCCUUUUGAUUGCCUCCGUAGCAGGUCCAGUCUAUGCUGACGAAACGCCACCCGCGCCUGGGGAGGAAAAGUGCGCCCCAUGCUCUCAAAGCCCCCCUCCGCCAUCACCGCCGCCACCAUCUCCGCCGCCACCGUCACAUCCGCCGCCUUCACCCAAAAAACCACCGUCCACUCCGUACUGCCCUCCGCCGCCAUCAACAACGCCAUCAACGCCAUCAACGCCAUCAACACCAUCAACACCGUCAUCACCUUCCACGCCGUUGAUAUACAUCACCGGUCCACCGGGGGAUUUGUACCCUGUUGACCGUAAUUUCAAUGGUGCUAGCCGGAGUUUGGUCACGGGGUUACCGAUUUUGGUUGGCUGUGGAUUGUUGGGUCUUCUUCUGGCCUUUUGGUGA